AUGCCAAGAAAAGCGAGUGGCGUCGACACGAACCGCCCCGCCGCCAGACUCAACACGGGCCAGCUCGUCAAGUCGUACUGGUCGUUCGUGAACAAGAGCGACGUGGCUGGCCUCGAGGUAUUGUUGGCCCGCCACGGCCAUUCCUUGGACAUGGAUUCGCGCCUCCCGGCGGCAAUGCAGGCCACCGGACUUCAUGUCGCCGUCCAGAAAAACAACGCUGCGAUGGUGGCCCUCUUGCUGCAGCACGGCGUUCAUGUCAACGCUCAAAACAAGGUUGGGUCGACGGCGCUUCAUUUGGCAUGCAAGCAGGGCAACAUCGACGUGCUUCAACUUCUGAUCGACGCCGACGCAGACUUUGGCAUCCUCGACGCGUCGAACCGAGCGCCAUGUGAAUUUGCGGCAUGGCAGAUCAUGGUGGACGCGAUUGUGAAGCCAUUGCAAGAGCAAGUCGCUGCGCUUCAAGCCAGCGAACACAACUCGCGCACCUUGCACGAGCGACUCGACGUGGAGACGGCGCGACUGCACGCUGAAGCCCAUGCCACCGAAAUGGCCGUGGAAGAUGUGACCAGCCAACGACUCGAAGAAUGGAUGGCUUUCCGCGCAAAGUGCCAGAUGCAGGACGACCGACGCGGUCAUCUUGUGCUGGCAAAGCGUACACUCCAACGCUUGGACGACGAUAUCCGCACGCAGCGCUCGAUCGGCAACGACCUGCACGCCGAGCUCGAGGAAGCGCUGUUUCGGUACCAGUACGCGAUUGCUCAGGCCGAUGCAGCCAAGGCAUUGCUCGAGAGAGAAGUCGAAUCCGUGGCCCAGAUGCAUCGAGUCAAAGACGACCAUACGACCGAGUACAACGGCAAACUGGGUGUCGUCGACGCCAUGCUGCAGUGUCCCAACGACGAAGAUGUCCAAGUGUGGGGCGCGUACAUGGCGUGCUGCAUGACGGAAGAUGCGUCUGCGACCAACUCGAUGCCAUGGCGGCUGGUAAACCAACGGAUUUUCCCGGCACUGAGGGACGCCAUGGAGCGAUUUCCCCUUUGCGCGAUUCUUCAGGAGCAUGCAAUCAACGCAGUCCGCCAGAUCUGUGUGGCCCAACCACCGGCCAUUGACCAGUGCAUGCACCACAAGUUCGUCGAGAACAUUCAAGCGGCAGCGCGGCGAUUCCAUGACAAUGUUCCAUUCCUCAGUCUGUGCGUGGGGGCGCUGCGGGCGAUCCUGUCGCCGUUUGCGCCGGGCCAGCGGUCCGCCAUUCAAAUCAAGCACACGGCCAAAUUCGCGAGCGAUCACAACGAGUACCUCGUUCGACUGUUUGUCCGCGCCAAGACCGAGCGCAUGCCGAGUCCGUCCGUCGUGGAAGAUCUGUGCUGCGUCCUUUUCGUCCUGGCCAAGUAUAAUUGCAGACACUUGUUUCUGGACGAUGAGUGUGUCGGAUUGGAGACGGCGCUCUUCUUCCUCGUGCACCCCAAUCGACCUGGCGAGUGCAUGGCCCGCAGCCUUCUCGGCAUCGUGUCCCUCCUUUCCAUCGCAGACUCGAAGACGCCGGAACUCGCGCCGCUUCCCCCAUGCUAUACAUCCUUUGGACUGGCGAAGAUCACGCCGCUUCUUCAGGCUUACGCGGGCAACCCGGACAUUGUCCUGUGGGGCAUACGCUUGCUGCGAAACCUGGCUGUGCGUGACGCCGUCGCCCGCGAUCAAGUAAACCGCAGCGGGAUCGAACGCAUCUUGUCUGGCAUGGCCACACACCGGGGGGCGCCGGCCAUGCGCGUGUCGAUUCUCGAGUUGAUCCACGCAGCGUUCACAACCAACUACUCGCGGUUCCAGCAAGUCGAGGAGCUGUCCACGAUGGUGCUCCAGUGCAUGUUGGUGUGCUUCUUGGACCACGAAGACAACCUUUCUGUGCAAGAAUGGGCGCUCAAGAACAUGGUGGUGGCUGCGCAGCAUGCGUCCAACUUGGAAUUCCUGAUGGAGUCCAAAGAUGUGAUCGGUCCGAGUUUGGUGGUGCUGCUGCAUCAAGCAGCAAAUCGUAUGGCCGCGCAUCCCGCCGCCACCGUCGGCGACUCGAUCAUGGUGUGGGGACUGCGCUUUGUCGUUGCGAUGUGGCAAUAUGACCGAGUGCGCGACCCUGUGGAUUUUUCUCUGCGCGCCAAGUCCUCUGGCGUGGUGAUGUUGCUUGCAUCCAUCGAGACGCUAGACGAACGCAUUCAGAACCUCAUCAACGUCGUGCGGUGCAUGCUUUGCGAUGGUGCUUCAUGA